GAGAGAGAGAGAGAGAGAGAGAGACCCACACAAGAGAGAGAGCGAGAGCGACAGAGCGCGAGCGUAGUAGUGGUGUAGCUGCGUUGGCACGGCGAGUAUGAGAUAAGUUUCCUGGGUGAACUACGCUGGUCGGCGGCCGUUGUCGCAUUCUUGGAGAAACAAUAUCGCCGGUGGGCGUCGAGAAGUCGCGGAGACAGUCAGCGUCGCUGGAAGAACCGGCGGAUACGCACGUACUUUUGUUUUUGGGAUACAGAGCAGCAGCAGCAGCAGCAGCAGCCGCGCGAGGAGGAGCAGCAGCAGGCGCGCGGCGCUGCUAGCGAAACAUGAACAAGACCCACCGAGUGCCGAGCAACCGGUCACUCAGCACCGUGGAGGUGAAGAGCAAGUUUGGUGCAGAGUUUCGUCGGUUCUCGCUGGAGCGCUCGAAACCGGGCCGCUUCGAUGAGUUCUACGGCCUCCUGCAGCACGUGCAUCACAUCCCCAACGUGGAGCUGCUGGUGGGCUACGCCGACGUCCACGGCGACCUGCUGCCCAUCAACAAUGAUGAUAACUACCACAAAGCCAUCUCCACCGCCAGCCCCCUGCUCAGACUGUUCCUGCAGAGGAAAGAAGAAGCCGACUACACGUUUGGUACCAACUCGCUGACCAGGAAGAAGAACACCGUGCUGUCGGCGGUUCUUUUGCGUCCCGACGCCACAAGGAAGAAACCGCCGGUGAUCAUCAGCCUCCCGAGGGACUUCCGGCCCGUCUCCUCCAUCAUCGACGUGGACAUCCUGCCUGAGACGCACCGCCGCGUUCGCCUGUACAAGCACGGCCAGGAGAAGCCCCUGGGCUUCUACAUUCGCGACGGCUCCAGCGUGCGGGUCACCCCUCAGGGCCUGGAGAAGGUCCCGGGGAUAUUCAUCUCCCGCAUGGUGCCCGGCGGGCUGGCGGAGAGCACCGGCCUGCUGGCGGUCAACGACGAGGUUCUGGAGGUGAACGGCAUCGAGGUGGUUGGGAAAUCUCUGGACCAGGUGACGGACAUGAUGAUCGCCAACAGCCACAACCUCAUCAUCACCGUCAAGCCCGCCAACCAGCGGAACAAUGUAGUUCGCGGCGGUGGAGGAGGAGGCGGAGGCGGCACGGCGUCCGGUAGCUCAGGGCGGUCGUCGGACAGCGGCGCCAGCUACUACGGCUACUCGUCGCACGGCGGGGUCGGUGCCGCGGCUCCCGCGCCGUCGCACAUCAUCCAGAACUUCCCCGUCGGGGAGCUGGAGAGCGAGGAGGAGGACGACGAGGACCUGGUGAUCGAGGUGGGCGGCGAGGCCGAGUCCGCGGGGCGCGACCCGGCCGACUACGGGAUGCCCUCGCUGCCCCGCUACGAGCCCCACCUCAACCUCCGCACCCCCUCCGCCCUCUCCGUCAACGGCGCCGCGCUGGCCAGCGGCAGCAGCGGGCCGCCGAGCAACGCCAACUCCACCACACCGUCCCCAGACAGAGCGGCUGAGAUGCGCAGUCUGGAGGAGGACGGGACGGUCAUCACUCUGUAAGAGGGGCCGGACGCACGCGACUAAACACUGGAAACCAGAGAGGCAAACGUUAUCCACACGCACACACACACACACGGGAGUCAUGGUAACCAGCUCGGGAGCAUCCUGCACCAUCAUGAAUACGACUGUAGCAGAGCAGCAGAGCGUGUGCUCUUUGGAUCUCUUGUCACUGACGGCAGACGUGCGAGUUCUUCCUUAGAUCACGCGAUGGACGCUCGUCUACAUGCCAAUAACCGCCCAUGUGUGCCAUAGCGAUGCCCCCCCCACACACCCACACACCCCGCCCCAGGCCUGCAGGCACAGAAAUGUCGGACAAAAAGAGUGUAGCAGAAGUGUAAUUGGAUGCCGCCUCAUGCUCUUUUCUGAACCACUGUAAGCACUUGUUUUGCACCUGGAAGAUUUUGUUACGCUGAGCUUCCACAGGAGGGCAGAGAGGAGACGCCACAUCCUUGUUGUCAGUCCCUUGAAUAGAUGAAGCUUUAACAAGUCAUCCCCACCUCAUAACAACACACACUGAAGUAGUGCUUUUGUUGACAAUCUGUGGCUGUUUCUUCCCCUUUUUCUCCAUUUAGUUUUGCUUUGUCACCCAACUGUGACCUCCUCCCCCAGUGACCAGUACAGUAAUGUCCUGGUUUCUAUGUGAGGAAAAAGCACCUAGAAAGAAAAACUCUUGUUCGUUUUGGCUCAGAUGCUUUUAACUGCCCCCCCCCCUUUUUUUACUCACUGCGUCAAUAACUGACAAUGAAAGGUUGUAUAUUUGCGAUCUUUCCUUGGGGGGCAACUACUCUUUUCAUAAUCACUCAUGCCUGUUUUAUAUUGAACAAAAAUAGUAUGACAUAUUUCUGUUUCCUCUUAUUCUUUUACACCAUACAAGUGACCGUAUGACCAGUUUCGAUCUGACCAGCAGGAAGUCCCCCGACCGGAAACGGGACGUCUCGUACUGAAUCUCCCUCCUGCUUUUCCUUCACAUUGCCUUCCCUCUACUCCUCUGCGACAAGGGCUAUUUCCCCUGCUGCACGUACUUUUUAAUAUUCUUCUUCCUCUCUGGAACGCGACGCGACACACCUCAUCGGUACGUUCAUCUCUCUCUCGCCAGGUGGAUGGUUCACAAGACAUUUGCACAUGAAAAACUGUUGUCGGCAGUAUUUCCGCACCGCUUCCUUCUUUGGCUUCAUCACUGAGUUCAAUCAAUGACCCGCGAGGGGAGAAUGUAACCCUGAUACUUCUAAAUAUUGACUUUGGGCCUAAACGGCGGAUCAAUAGCCGCAUUGUGAUGUUGUUUGCAAACACAACCACAGAAAUGAGUUGGUGAUGCAGUCACUGACAACACGGAAACAGCCCAGAAUUUAUAAUAAGCUCUGGUCAGAUUGAGUCCUAUUUUAAACAAAAACUCAUUCACCACCGGGUUUGAUGAAGGCGAGGCAGGGCGGGGCGCCUCGCCUUCAUCUGUUUGCUAUCCAAAGCUUUCCGUAACAACUUUGUAACAAAACAUCCUCUCAGAAGCCUCGACUAAGGGAUUAGGUCCAAAUUUGACCCGCAACUUCUUCCCAGGUGCCGCUUUUAAUGUGGGAUUCUUGCACUUUUAAUUAAUUUGCCCAUGAAGACGCUCAGAUAUGCUUCUGAUCCAAUGAAACAUUCUCUACAGGAAGAGGCAAUUCUCGCACGGUUUUAGUUCUUAAAGCGGAUCCAUAACAUUUAUUGGAAAUGUAUAUCUAUAUCUAUAGAGAUGUAUAUAUCCAUUAACCUCGCGUGGUGCUGCCAACUGCUCCCCUGAAGUGAGAGCAGGCACGUUUCAGCAUUUGCGCUGUGUUUAAAAAAGAUGCUCCUGACUAGCGUGGCUUUUAUCUCCCUGGCUGAAACGUGGUGGGCACACACACACACACCCCCCCCCCCCCCCCCAGAGUAAUGUUUAUUGGCUUCAUGUGACCCCCUGUGCACUUGUAAUGAGACACGUCCACACGUACCACCAUCACACUAAUGUCCAUCCUUUGGUAGUUCUGAUUUAUUGCUUGAAUACCCAAUGAUCUUAUCUGACGGUGAAUAUCGAUGAGUGUAAACUAUGUGCACCCACUAUUGUAUUUCAAGCUGCAUGUGUACGGUCUUGUCUUUCACGGUACACAAGAGCACUGCCGGGACUUUUGACUUCCGACAUGAAAUGGUUGUGAAUGGUACUGAAUGGAAGACUUAGAAAUCAAUGUUAAUUUAUUUUCCUAAUUUCUGACUUUACCACAUAGACACUGGGAUUGUAACCACACCGGCAUUGUUAUUUAUUCUCUAAUCAUGCAUCUGCAUAUUUUCUUCCUUUUGAACACAUUUUAUGACUUUUAUUUUUAUAACUGCUAUGUUUUUCUGUAAUUGUUUUGGUUGUUAAUCUCUCGUAGAUGUUAUUUCCCAAUAGGAGACUAUUUUAGUAGGUGAUUCUACUAUUCUGGAUGAAGCAACGGAGAGUCUGUGCAAAAUGUGACACUACUAUUUUGUUUUUGUUCUCCCAUACUGUGAAUUAUCAAUAUUAUUUUGUGGGAGAGGAACCAUUGUAUUAGCACAACCUCAAAACAGGCUACUUGCUUUGCUCGGAGUACGAUUUAUUUUUAAUUUUUAAAGUGACCGAGCAAUGAUUUUUGUUCGCCAGAUAAAUCCAAUGGUAUAGAUUUGUAAAGAGGAUUGUCAGUAUUUUCAUAUCGACGAUAUAUACGAUGUACAUUUUUAUCACCUUUAAUGAAAUGUUUUUAAAAAUCAACUGGAGAAUUAUGAAUAAAUAGAUGUACACCUGUAAUUGCUGAUUGUAGGAGCUGGAUGAAAUAAACUAAUGUGUAGCAAUAUUAA